AUGGAGCUGUUGUGCCACAUGUGCCUCUUGCUGGUGUUCACCCUGGUCCCGCUGGACGCUGGCGCCUGGCAGUGUCCCCGCAUCCCAUACAGCUCCACUAGGAACUUCUCUGUCCCCUACACACUGCCCAGCCUUGAUGCUGGCAGCCCCGUGCAGAACGUUGCCAUCUUCACCGACUCCAAUGGCCCGGCUGCCAUAUUUGUGGCUAUUCGCAACCGCAUCCUGGUGGCCAGCCCCGAGCUGCGCCUUCUGUCUGUCCUCGUCACUGGCCCAGUGGGCAGCGCUGAGUGCGAGAUCUGCCGCUUGUGCCCAGAUGCAGCUGGUGGCCCCGAGGACUCAGACAAUGUCCUGCUGCUGCUUGACCCACUGGAGCCAUGGCUGUACAGCUGUGGCACAGCACAGCAUGGGCUGUGCUACCAGCACCAACUGGAGGUGUGGAACGGUGAGGUGGCCAUCACGACCACACACUGUCUGUAUACAGCCACAGGCAACAGCCCCGUGUCUUGCCCUGACUGCGUGGCCAGCCCUCUGGGGACAAGUGCCACUGUGGUGGCCACCUCCUAUGCCUCUUUCUUCUAUCUCGGCUCUACCAUCAACAGCAGUGUGGCAGCAAGGUACAGCCCGCAGUCAGUGUCUGUCCGCAGGCUGAAGGGCACCUUGGAUGGCUUUUCGGAUGACUUCCAGUGGCUGACAGUGCUGCCGCAAUAUCGGGACAAUUACACCAUCCACUACGUGCACUCCUUCACUGAUGGGGACCACGUCUACUUCCUGACAGUGCAGCCAGAGUGGCCGGGCUCAGCGACGUACCACACGCGCCUGGCACGGCUCAGCACCCAUGAGCACAACCUCCACCGCUACCGCGAGCUCGUCCUCGACUGCCGCUUUGAGUCCAAGCGGCGGCGGCGGCGGCGUGGCAGCGGCGAGGGGGACGCUGAGCGCGACAUCGCCUACAACGUACUGCAGGCUGCCCAUGCCGCCCGCCCCGGCACCCGCUUGGCCCGUGACCUUGGCAUCAACAACACCGACACGGUGCUCUUCGGCGCCUUCGCUGAGAGCCAGCCAGAGAGCUGGCUGCCACGGGAGGACUCGGCCGUCUGUGCCUUCCCGCUCCACCUCCUCAACCAGGCCAUGGAGGAGGGCAUGGAGAAGUGCUGUGGAACCGGGCACCGGCCGCUGCUGCGGGGGCUCAGCUUCUUCCAACCGGUGGAAUACUGCCCGCACAACGUGAACCUCUCGGCUCCGGUGACUGAUACCAGCUGCUGGAACAAGCCAACCCUCAUACCUGCCGCCUCCCAUAAGGUGGAUCUGUUCAACGGACACCUGACCGGUGUCCUCCUCACCUCCAUCUUUGUGACCGCCCUGGGGGAUGUCACUGUGGCCCACCUGGGCACAGAGGAGGGACGUGUCUUCCAGAUGGUGCUUCAACGCUCCAGCUCCUACCUCCUCACUUUGGCCAACUUCUCCCUGGGGGAGCCAGGGCCAGUGCGAGGUGCCAUGGGGCUGCAGAGCCACUCACUCUUCUUCACCGCCGGCACCAAGGUAUGGCAGCUGAACAUCACCGGCCCUGGCUGCCGCCACUUCUCCACAUGCCAGCGCUGCCUGCAGGCCGAGCGCUUCAUGGGCUGCGGCUGGUGUGGGGACAGCUGCCGGCGCCAGCACGAGUGCCACAGCCCCUGGAUCCAGGACAGCUGCCCUCCCCACCUCACUGACUUCCACCCCCGGAGUGCCCCAUUGCGGGGCCGGACGCGGGUGACGCUCUGCGGCAUGACUUUCCGCUCCCACCUGGACCCUGACCCCCACCACAGCCCCCCCAGUGCCUACCGGGUGGCAGUGGGACAGCGAAGCUGCACUGUGCUGCCAGAGGAGAGCAAGAGCCACAGACCCCUGCCCACCUCCCGCCGCAAGGAAUUUGUGGAUGUGCUGGUGUGUGAGCUGGAUCCAGGAGGUCCAGCAGUGGUGGCGGGCCCAGCCGACGUGGUGCUCACUGUGGAGGAACCCGCUGGACCCUCCAGCUUCCGUGUGCAUGGCUCAGCCACCCUUGGUGGCUUCUUCUUUGUGGAACCCCGUGUCAGUGCCUUGCACCCCCCGUUUGGCCCCCUGGGGGGUGGCACCCACCUCUCCCUCCAUGGCACCCACCUCUCAGCAGGGAGCAGCUGGCAGGUGAUGGUCAACAGCUCUGAGUGUCCCCUGACUGAGCAGCCCAGGCAGGGCGACAGGGCGAUUAGGUGCAUGGCUCCAGCUGCCAGUGGCUUGGGCACAGCCCAGGUGUCCCUGUGGAUCGAUGGGGAGGAGUUCCCUGCUCCGCUGCCCUUCCAGUACCGUCCCAAUCCCUCCGUAUCUGCCAUCGUCCCCAGCUGCAGCUAUGAGGGCUCAGUGCUUACUGUCAUUGGCACCCACCUGGACUCCGUGUAUCACGCCAAGAUCCGCUUCGAGGCCGGUGGCGUGAGGACUGAAGCCAUGGAGUGCCGGGGCCCGCGGGCACCGGAGCGGCUGCUGUGCCACAGCCCGGCCUUCCCGUUUGAGAGCAAGGUGGAGACAGCGCUGGGGAACCUCAGCGUGCUGCUGGACAGCGCCACCGACCACUGGCUCUUCCGCCUCCGCUACUACCCCCGGCCCCAGGUCUUCCCCUUCGAGCAGGAGGGCGGGCGCCUGCGCCUCAAACCCGGCGAUGACGAGAUCGAGGUGCACCAAUUGGGGCUGGACGCCGUGGCCACCUGUGUGAACAUCACCAUGACGGUGGGGGAGCGGGACUGCCACCCCAACGUGCUGAAAAAUGAGGUGACAUGCCGCCUGCCCCGCGAGCUGCACUUAUCCCCGUCUGGGGCCCCCGUGAAGAUCUGUGUGAACAAUGCCUGUGAAGAGCUGGGCUGGGUACUGCCUGCUGCCACCUCGCUGGACAUGGCUGCCAGCCUGGCCCUCGGCACCGGUGUCACCUUCCUGCUCUGCUGCAUCCUGGCUGCCGUGCUGUUCCGAUGGCACUGGAGGAAGAGGGGGGGGACAGAGAACCUGGAGCUGCUGGUGCAGCCCGGCCGCAGGGACAUCCCUGCCACCACCCAGCGCCCUGGCGUUGACUACAGGGAGGUGCUGGUGCUGCCCACAGCAGGCAGUCCCGGCCCCGUGGGGCCCCGGGCACGAUUCACCAGUGCCAGUGCUGGUGCUGGCAUGGCGAGUGGCGGGUCCCCCAUGCCCCUGCUCAGGGCCACAUCCUACUGCCUGGAGGACCUGCGGCCAGAGCUGUUGGAAGAGGUGAAGGACAUCCUCAUCCCCGAGGACCGGCUCAUCACCCACCGCAACCAGGUCAUCGGCAAAGGUCACUUUGGCAGUGUCUACCAUGGCACCUAUAUGGACCCACUGCUGGGGGAUCUCCACUGUGCCGUCAAGUCCCUGCACCGCAUCACGGACCUGGAAGAGGUGGAGGAGUUCCUGCGUGAGGGCAUCCUCAUGAAGAGCUUCCACCACCCCCAGGUGCUCUCACUGCUGGGGGUGUGCUUGCCCCGACAUGGGCUGCCCCUUGUUGUCCUGCCCUACAUGCGCCAUGGGGACCUGCGCCACUUCAUCCGCACCCAGGAGAAGAGCCCCACGGUGAAGGACCUCAUCGGCUUUGGGCUGCAGGUGGCCCUGGGCAUGGAGUACCUGGCUGAGAAGAAGUUUGUGCAUCGGGACCUGGCGGCAAGAAACUGCAUGCUGGAUGAGACGCUGACGGUGAAGGUGGCUGACUUUGGGCUGGCGCGGGAUGUGUUUGGCAAGGAGUACUACAGUAUCCAGCAGCACCGGCACGCCAAGCUGCCCGUCAAGUGGAUGGCACUAGAGAGCCUCCAGACUCAAAAAUUCACCACCAAGUCGGAUGUGUGGUCCUUCGGGGUGCUCAUGUGGGAGCUGCUGACGCGAGGGGCAUCACCGUACCCCGGCGUGGACCCCUAUGACAUGACCCGCUACCUGCUGCGGGGAAGGCGGCUGCCACAGCCCUGCCACUGCCCUGACAGCCUGUAUGAGGUGAUGCUGAGCUGCUGGACACCAGUGCCCGAGGAGAGGCCAUCCUUCCUGGAGCUGGUGAGCGAACUGGAGCGUGUCCUGGCCACACUGGAGGGUGAGCACUACGUCAACCUGGCUGUCACCUAUGUCAACCUGGAGCGUGGCCCCCCGUUCCCACCUGCCCCCCCAGGGCAGCUGCCCGAUGGUGAGGAGGAGACAGAGGAAGAAGAGGAGGAAGAUACAGCUGUGUGCUGA